CUGCCGGCGAGGCGGAAGCGGAAGCGCGGGUGCUGGGGAGAGAUGGCAGCCGGCGGUCUGAGCCGCUCGGAGCGCAAGGCGGCGGAGCGGGUCCGCAGGCUGCGAGAAGAGCAGCAGCGGGAGCACCUCCGUCAGGUGUCCCGCAUCCUGAGGAAGGCGGCGGCCGAACGCAGCGUGGAGGAGGGCCGGCUGUUGGCUGAGAGCGAGGACCUGGUGACAGAGCUGCAGGGCCGAAGCCGGCGGCGCGAGGGCCUAAAGCGGCGCCAGGAAGAGGUGUGCGAUGACCCGGAGGAGCUGCGAGGGAAGGUCCGGGAGCUGGCCAGUGCUGUCAGGAGCGCCAAGUACUUGGUGGUCUACACAGGCGCAGGGAUCAGCACGGCAGCUUCCAUACCAGAUUACCGGGGCCCCAAUGGAGUGUGGACGCUGCUACAGAAAGGGAGAAGCAUCAGUGCCACUGACCUGAGUGAGGCUGACCCAACCCUCACCCACAUGAGCAUCGCCCGCCUGCAUGAGCAGAAGUUGGUGCAGCAUGUAGUGUCUCAGAACUGUGACGGGCUCCAUCUGCGGAGCGGGCUGCCCCGCUCGGCCAUCUCGGAGCUUCAUGGGAACAUGUACAUUGAGGUCUGUACCUCCUGCACCCCCAACCGGGAGUACGUGCGGGUGUUCGACGUAACGGAGCGCACUGCCCUGCACCGGCACCAGACGGGCCGGGCCUGCCACAGGUGUGGGGCCCAGCUCCGGGACACCAUCGUGCACUUCGGGGAGCGGGGCACAUUGGGGCAGCCGCUGAACUGGGAGGCGGCCACCGCGGCUGCCAGCAAAGCAGACACCAUUCUGUGCUUGGGUUCCAGCUUAAAGGUCCUGAAGAAGUACCCCCACCUCUGGUGCAUGGGCAAACCCCCCAGCCGACGGCCCAAGCUCUACAUCGUGAACCUGCAGUGGACACCCAAGGAUGACUGGGCCACCCUGAAGCUGCAUGGGAAGUGUGAUGACGUCAUGCGACUCCUCAUGAGCGAGCUGGGCCUGGAGAUCCCCCUGUACAGCAGGUGGCAGGACCCCAUCUUCUCUCUGGCAACGCCCCUGCAUGCAGGUGAAGAAGGCAGCCACAGCCAGAGGCCGCUGUGUAGGAACAGAGAGGAGCAGCCGUCCUGUGACCCUGGUGCCCCGCCCCACCCUGCCCCUACUCGCGGGGGCUGGUUCGGCAGGGGCUGUGCCAAGCGCACAAAGAGGAAAAGGGUCACGUAG